UGCAUAUAAUACUUAAUAGGCAAAGCUUUCUCUUGCUUACCUUAGUAUUUGUCAUGGCUGAAAUAACAUCAUCUCUAACCCAAUUACAACUCUCUUCCAAACCUAAAUUGAAUGCCCCAGAUUACUACGAUGCUCCUUCUCAGAAAGCAGUUGUAGGUCAUCAUUACCAUGCUGGUCUUUAUUCAGCUUCUGAUGAUGAAAUACCCACGGUUGAUUACUCUCUACUAUUCUCUAAUAACCCUGUUCAACGGUUUCUUACCCUAGAAAACCUCCGUCAAGCAUGUCAGGAAUAUGGCUUCUUCUAUCUGGUAAACCACACCAUCCCAGAUGAAGUGUUGGACAGUGUUCUAAAGGGGUUUGCUGAUUACGUUGAUCCAAAAACCAUAGAUGAAAGAAAGGUCUACCGCAAAAAUGGCCCAUCGGAUAAAAUUCGAUGGGACCUAAACUCAUCUGCCGGGGAAAAUAGGGAAUAUCUCAAGGUUGUCGCACAUCCCCAGUUCUAUGCUCCUUCUGAUUCAUCAGGAAUUAGCAAAAAUUUAGAAGAAUAUCAUGGAGCAAUGAGGACAAUAGUAGUGGGAUUAGCUAGGGCAGUGUCUGAAACCCUAGGGUUUGAAGAAAACUACAUAGAAAAGGAAUUCAACCUAAAGUCAGGGUUUGAUGUGAUGGCCAUGAACCUUUAUCCACCCAAUUCUCGAUCGAAGGGGGCUAUUGGUAUCCCCGAACACACUGACCCUGGCUUUGUGGUUUCACUUGUGCAAGAUGUAGAUGGUGGCCUCCAAAUCCUAUCCCAUCAAGGAAAAUGGAUUAAUGCUUAUAUUCCCCAUCAUGCCAUACUCAUCCAACUUGGUGAUCAUCUUGAGGUCUUAACCAAUGGAAAGUACAAGAGUCACAUCCAUCGAGUUAUUGUCAACAACAAUAAGGUGCCAAGGAUAUCCGUGGUCACCCUUCAUGGACCUGCGUUGGACAAAUUCAUCAGCCCGGGCGUAGAGUUUGUUGAUGAAGAACACCCACAAAAUUACCAUGGAAUGACCUAUAAAGAAUCCUUGGAAGCAAAUGGGGGCGAUCAGAUCGAUGUGCAAUCAUCACUUGAUAAACUAAGACUUGUGUGAAGCUAAAAUUAAUAAAGGGAAAAGAUUAGUGGUGGUAUCCGAUAUCUAAUUUACACCUAUUGAAGGAAAAAGAGAAUAUGAAGAUAAAUAUAGAUAUAUAAUAAUAUAUAUGUGAUAAAAAAAAUAAAGAAAAAAAUGUGUUGACAGAAUGCACAAUAUAUGAAGAUAUAUAUCAUCACUCAUUACGUAUACACUAUUUCUGACACACAUGCAUGUGUCAUGAUGUUAAUAAGAUGUUAUGUAUUAUUUGAUUUGAAUCAAUACGAACAAGUCAAACUUUUCUAACUUA